AUGUCGAGUGGUAUUUUUGAGGCCAGAUUACGAUUUCCAUUAGAUCCUGAACAAAAGAGGCUGAAAGACUUCAACGGUCGCUUACCUUUGAAGCUGCCAUCCAUAUUCCCCAGAAAGAGCUCUCCAUCUCCCUUAUUCUCAAAUCAGGUUCCGCCAUCUGGUGUUUACACGGGUCCUCGUUUGCUGGAUGAAACAAAAACGAUAUCCUCUGUGCACGAUAUCCUUAUACCGAUUCAAUGGAUUUGUAACGAGCUGGUUCCUUUUCUUCGAGAGAAGACACCAUCCCUUCCCAUUCGAUAUGUUUACCAGAUUAUGUUCAAGGCAUAUGAAAUGUUCAGGCUCUCUCCCCGCUCACCUCUUGUAAGGGUGGAUGUUCCCCACAACUGUAAGAUCACCAUUUGUGGGGAUGUUCACGGCCAAUUUUUGGAUUUGAUUAACAUUUUUGAGAUUAAUGGAUGGCCGUCAAAGUCACACUACUAUUUAUUCAAUGGCGAUUUCGUCGAUCGAGGCCCCUUUUCUGUCGAAACCAUAUUGACUCUUCUUUCGCUCAAAUGUGCAUUCCCCUCUUCCUUCUUUAUGAAUAGAGGAAACCAUGAGACAUCAACGAUGAACAAAAUUUAUGGCUUUGAGGCGGAAUUGACAAAAAAAUACUCCUCCUAUCCAGAACUUUUUGGACUUUUCCAGGAUCUUUUUAAUUCUCUUCCUCUUUGCCAUGUCAUCCAAUCGGAGAUUUUUGUAAGCUACCAUAUGAUCGUCUCCCAUGGCGGGAUUCCUCGUGAAGGAGAUAUCACGCUGGCACAGAUUGAAAAGAUCGACCGAUUUUCUCCUGCGAUCCAAGAUAGUAGGCUGGAAAUGCACUUUACUAACCUUACAGAAACAAUCGUGGAGGACCUACUUUGGGCAGAUCCAACAGAAGGAACCGGCAUCCUCCCUUCACAGAGAGGAACAUCGGUCAUGUUUGGAAGUGAUAUUACAGAGAAAUUUCUUGCGACCAAUAAUCUCAAACGCAUCAUCCGCUCACACGAGUAUAAGGAAGAAGGUUAUGCAACCAUGCAUCAGGGAUGUUGCGUUACAAUAUUUUCUGCUCCAGGAUAUAUGUAUGUCUAA